AUGGCAGACGGUAGACGAAGUCUGAAACGAAACUUUGAGGAAAUAUUGGUUGAUAACUUGAAUUCUGAAGACGAUUCUGAGUACUCAGAUGUAGACGAUAAUAAUUCCGAAAGUGAAUAUUCAGACGAUGAUGAUCCACUUUAUCAUAGCGUAUCGGAAAAUCAAGUUUAUAAUCCCGUCUAUGUCUAUGAUAAUAGCGAUCGCGCAGAACUAAACGAUUUGUCGACAAUAUGGACUCCCGAUACAAAACCGCUUCGUGAAUUCGAGUUUUUAACGGACUUGAAAGGAGAGAUUAAAGCUAACAUCUCAGCCACAUCGACUCCACGAGAUGUCUUCAAUGAACUUUUCACGAAAGAUAUAAUUAAUAUGAUAGUGAAUUGUACGAACGGCUACGGAAAGGAACUCUACGCCAAACCACUUUCGAAAGCCCGAAAGAGUCCAAAAUUAAUAUUUCGAGAGACCGAUGAGUCAGAAAUGAAUAAAUUCCUCGGUCUAACCUUACUGAUGGCUCAAUGCAAAUUUCCAACAAUCAGAGACGCCUUUUCGAAAAAUCCGCUCUAUUUUCAUCCAGUUUUUCCGGCCACAAUGUCUGGUAGACGAUAUCAAACUUUGCUCAGAACGUUCAAUUGCCACACUCCCGCUCCAGAAUCUUUAGAAGGAGACAAAUUGGUAAAAGUCAAACGCUUAGUGGAAGCACUCAUAGAAAGUUUUAAUGCAGCCUACACACCUGGCAAAGAUCUAUCACUAGAUGAAUCGUUGCUUCUAUUUAGAGGCAGGCUAAGUUUCCGGCAGUAUAACAAAACCAAAGCUGCAAAAUAUGGCAUCAAGUUUUAUGAACUUACUACUAGCGACGGCUAUGUUCUCAUGUUUGUUAUAUAUCAAGGGAAAGAAUCCAAUUCUACAGAUUCAGGAAGCAAAACCCAGAAGUUGGUACUUAAUUUAAUGGAUCCAUAUCUAAAUAAAGGCCACCAUGUUUUUAUGGAUAAUUUCUACAACAGUGUCACGCUCUCUAACAUUUUACUAUGCAACAAAACGCAUACAACAGGCAUGUCUACACAAUCUUCGUAA